GAAAAUCUUAUUGUUACUUUUUUAGAGACAGGAUGAGGAAAGGAUGAGAUUGCUGAAUAUAUUGAAGAGCUCCUGUGUAGAAUAGGGAGGGAAAUGGGAGUGAAAAAAUCAGAGGUAGAUAAUGGAGGAUUUUGAGAAAAAGGUUUCAAUAAAGGAGGCUAUGGACACUGAGGACGGAAGCGAUUACUCCUUCAGAACCCUCCAGUUGCUUCGAAAAUUCCUCGCCAUUCAGCAGCGCAGAGCCCAAGCUUAUGCUAGGCUCAAAAGUGGCUUUUCCCAGUAUAUGAUUUCGAGUGAAGAGCCAGCAUACCAACAGCUUUGCAGCGAGAUCACGUUAGAAUUUAGUGACUGCUCUAAACAAGUCCUUGAGAUGGAGUCUUUAUUUUUAUCUCCUGAUUACUGCCGAGCCAAUCUAGCUCAUCUGCUCAGAGCUGUCCAAAUGCAAGAAAAACAGAAAUUGCAUCUGGUAAAUUUCUUAAUUCACUAAAAUAUUCCUACAUGAACUGACA